UGAUGCGGUAAGGGGACAGAAGACAAACAGUUGGUGGAGGAAGUACCAGGCAGAGGACGAGGAGGAGGCAAUGUUAAUUGCCAUUCAAAAAUCACGGGAAAUCGUAAAGGUGGAUAGUUCAGACGAUGAAGAACCCACUUCGGGAUUCUGCUGCAACUACAAAAAGGAGGACAAACGUGUUCGGCAUGAUGACAACAGUGUAGUCAUGAUGACUACAGGCAAAAUACCUGAUGAGAAAACCGCUGUGGUUGAGAAAGUAGACUUGACGCUCAUUGAUUCGCCAGUCAAAAGGGUGUGUGUGGAUAUUGAGACGAGCGACAGCGAUGAGUGCCUUUUCAAACCAGUCUUUGCAUCAGAAAAAGAUGUGGCUGAAAAGGUAAAUAAGAAAGUGCUGACACACCAGUUGAACGACUCCAGCGAUAGCAGUGAAGACGAACAAGGAACUGAUUACUUGAACGACGACCCAAUGGUUCCCAUCUACCGACGGGGAUUGCGUAAGGGUUUGGCCUCCAAGAAAGUGGUAGAUAUCCUCUUCCAUCCGCCUCGAGAACUUAUUGCACGUGCUGUUCCUUCCGCUAUCUCCAAAAAUUCUGUCUUUGUGGUGGACAUAUCUGCCCCACACAUAAAGCACUUUAAAAAUGUUCUGGCUGACGACCUUGGUGCAUGGAAUCCAACUGGGACGAAACAGCAAUACUACCGUGCUUCCACCAAGAGGAAUCCAGUUCGUAAGGCUUCCCAAUCAGAAUAUGAUGAUCAUGAGGCACAGGUCUAUAAAUGUACGAGAAGCUUCUACAGGAAUGAAUCCUCCCCCGAUUUGCAAAGGAUUUUCAUUUAUCUGACUGAUUCCAACGGAACGAUUCACGAUUUUGCUCUUCUGCAAUAUGUUUUUGAUGAUAAUGAACACGAAGUUAAAGUUAAACCACAUGGUAAUUCUAAAAGUCUUUCCAAAGAGUAUUACCGCACUUCGCAUACUACCAUGGAGAGGUUAAAAGAGCUCGCGAAAUCUGACCCUCCCAAGACGGUGUUUUUCAAGAGUAUCGAAGAAAAGGGAACAAUUUCAGACUUUAGAAACGCAGCUAGCCAUGCCAGAAAUGUACAACAGAUAAAGAACAUUAAAAAAACCAUGGAAGAGCAACCUGGGGAUUCUACACUCGAGCUGAUAGACAUGCUGAAGCAAGGAAACAGAGACAAAGAGAAUGCCUUCGUCCGUAAAGUAGAGACCUCGUCAGAUCCUUGUGUUGUCCUAACGACUGACCAGCAACUUAAGGACGUGGAAAGAUUUUGCACAAAUCCUAGCCAGUUUAGUAUUUUAGGAGUCGAUCCUACUUUCAAUUUUGGAGACUAUUAUGUGACUCUUACUACAUACAGGCAUCUCCUUCUCCGAACCAAAGAAGACAAGAAUCCAGUCCGGAUCGGACCAACCCUAGUUCACCACAAAAAAGAACCAUCCAGCUAUUACGAGCUCUCGUCUACCAUGAUAAAGCUAAAUGCAAAAACCCAAAAUGUUCUAGUAUAUGGUACUGACGGAGAAAAGGCAUUGGGUGAGGGUUUCGGUAGACCUCUCCCUUAUGCCCAGCAUUUACUCUGUGACCUGCAUAUGAAAGACAACAUAGUGUCAAAAAUGAACGAACUUGGAAUACGGGGCAAACCAUCAGAAGUCAUUCUAAGUGACAUCUUCGGAAGAGAUAUUGGUUGUAAGAGGGUACCUGGUCUUAUAGACUCGGAAAGCCAUGCCCAGUUCGUGACCAAUCUGGAAAAAAUGAAAGAGGAGUGGCUUUCCUUACACCCAUUCUCAGAGCGCUUUGUUACUUACUUUUGCAAGUAUAAAGCGGAUAUUAUAAGGCAAACGAUGACAGCUGAAUUGAGAUCCAUGGCUGGUCUAGGCUGGCCUCCAGGUGUAUACGAUCAGAACGGAAAUGAAUGUAUGAACUCGGUUCUACAAAGAGAGAAACAACUUACAAGGAAAAGGAAGCUUUCCAUUCCUGAAUUUGCCAGGUUGUUGCAGACGGUGGUGAAAAGACAGAGAACAGAAGAGGAUUUAGCAUUUAUUGGGCUCGGAGAGCUAAAAAUGGACAAAAAUUACGAGGAAGAGGGAAUGAAGGAAUCUGUCUUUUACAGGAAGACGAGAGCGCAACAAGAAGCGGCGCUCAAAAAAUUUCACAAUCUCCCAGUAAAGACAGUUGACAUAAUUCCUAUCGACCCGGAAAACACAAAUGAAGCGGACACAAUGUCACCAUUGAGUUUGCCUCUGGAAGAUUUUGGCAUUAUCCGGGUUCCCUUCAGUAUUCUAGCACGUAUGUACCAUCGUGCAUCGUUGAUUUUGGCGCGCAAAGAAGAAAAUAUUCAUCCCGAUCCUGGAAGAGGGGACAAUUUGCCACGUUAUGUGGCAAACGAGGCAAUUGAUGCUCCAUCGUAUGCAGUUUGCAAGAAACGUACCGUGCGACGUGGAACAUAUUAUGUGUGCAGCGGCACUUGUAUCGAUUUUAAAGCGUAUGACAUUUGUGCCCAUACUUUAGCUGUGGCUGAAAUGGAUCGUUCAUUGACUGAGUUCGUUCAUUGUUACAAGACAACGAACCAAAGGCCUCCUAACGUGGAUGCCUUGAUUCACAUGGACCUCCCUCCUGGGCGUGGGUCAAAAAAGACCAAGGCAACACAAAGAAGGAAAGGUGCUACAAAUAAAAAAAGAAAGGAAGUUGUGGAGAGUUACACUAACACCUCUCCAACUGACCAAUCAGCAGCGAAUCCGGCGUCGACUUUAGUAAGCUCCCCAGGAAACAGAGGCACAGAGAAGGAAGCAGAGAAGACAACAACACAAAAAGACACAGAAGAGCCUCAGAAUAAAAGCCCCAACACAUCAACGCCGGCAGUUCAAGAAGGUAGUUUCCAGUUGAGCCUUCUUAAAAGAUGCAGCCCUCUGGUGAGAAGGUGUUACGGGUGUAAGGGUGUCUUGAAACUAAGGCGUGGUGAAGACUUUUUUAUUCCCAACCCACCAGAAGACCUCGUCAUAAUAUCAAGCGCGAGAUGGGCCUACUGGCAGAAUGGAGAGCAAAAGACUGGACGAUUAGGAAACGUAUACUUUCACUGUAAGGUUGAGUGCGUCCAAAAACUGCAGCCCCAAUUUAUUCCCUUCUUGGUGAUCAUUCCGGCGGCCGUUAAGCGUGAAUUACUCGAAGUUCAUCGAAAUCAUAUACAGAAAGAGCUUGGUCUCUAGAGUACAUAUGGGGGGAAAAAAUGCCACAUUCAGGAAAUGAUAAAUUCUCACCAUUUAUUAAUAUGUUACGGUCACUGUUUUGUUUGAUGACAUACAAUCACAACAAAAGGUGCCAUAACAUGUGUAGACAGAAAAGUUACCGUUGCCCAUUUCCGCACAGCCCGCACACUUAAAACUUUAUUUGUGCAAUUUGGUUUUUCCUAUUAGUGCAUAAUAUUUUGAUUUGGCCUGCAGUUAGCAAACACUUAUCGAACUCUGACUGUUUCAGAAAUUGGAAAGUUUUCUCUCGAGUCUUUGCGAAAUGUCGAAGUCGUUUUGUCAUUGUCUCUGAGAGGGCUUACUGUAAUAUUUGCGAAACGGAACAAAAUGAAAACGUGUUCCUUGUGAGAUUAAUUUAAUCGGAACGGUAAUUUGCGAAAGGGAAAUGAUUCAUUUGUAAAUUAGAAAUAUGUUAUUUUCGAAAAAGUUAAUUCUGUAAUUUGCACUUGUGUGAAUUUAAUGAAUCAAUGCAGA